CUCACACCAUGUACAAGCUCGCCGUCUUCGCCGCCGUGCUGGCCGUGGCCCGCGCUGGCUACCUGGCCGCCCCCGCCGCCGUCUCCUACGCCGCCCCCGCAUACGCCGCCCCCGCCUACGCCGCCCCCGCCUACGCCGCCUACGGCGCCCACGCCGUCGCCCCCGCGGCCAUCACCUCCCAGCACUCCAACAUCCUGAGGAGCUUCGGCAACCUGGGACAGGUGUCCACCUACUCCAAGACCAUCGACACGCCCUACUCCAGCGUCAGCAAGUCUGACGUGCGCGUCAGCAACGACGCCGUCGCCCACGUGGCCGCCCCCGUGGCCUACGCCGCCCCCGCCGUCGUUAAGGCUGCCGCCCCCGUGGCCUACGCCGCCCCAGCCGCCUACGCCGCCCCUGCCGUCGUCAAGGCCGCCGCCCCCGCCGUCGGUCUGCUGGGAGUCGCCUACUCCGCCGCCCCCGCCGUCGCCCACAUGACCUACAGCAACGGUCUGGGUCUCGCCUACGCCUGGUAAUCUGACCUCACCUCCUGGCAUUCCGAUGUGUCAUGAUGUGAUG